CAGUAUUUUGUCUAAACAAGUUGGGGCUUAAGCCCAUGUGGCCCGGUGACAAUCUCGUCGACUGAAGAAGAGUUUUGUCGCUCCUCCCCGAAUCCAUGUGUUGUCGUCGCUGCUGCUGCUUUCGCCCUCCUCUUCAUUGAUCUCAGAACCAAUCUUCGUAUUCGGACUCGUCGCCUCCAUUUCUGUGGACUGAGAUGGCUGGAGGUGUUUUUCAGCAGUUGUUGAGGAGAAGACUUCAGUCCCAACACGCUACACCGUCCCUUUUGUCAUCCAUCAUCACAAAUAAAGAUAAUGCAGGCUCUACUGGCACAAGUUCCUUGAGAGCACUUGCUUUAUUUGGAGCUGGUGUCUCCGGAUUUUUGAGCUUUGCAACAACUGCAUCAGCGAGUGAUGAGGCCGAGCAUGGCCUGGAAUGUCCAAGCUAUCCAUGGCCUCACAAGGGCAUCCUCAGUUCAUAUGAUCAUGCUUCGAUUCGCCGUGGUCAUCAAGUUUAUACGCAAGUCUGUGCUUCAUGCCAUUCUAUGUCUUUGGUAUCAUACCGUGAUUUGGUUGGUGUUGCCUAUACAGAAGAAGAGGUAAAGGCUAUGGCAGCUGAGAUUGAGGUGGUUGACGGCCCUAAUGAUGAGGGUGAGAUGUUUACACGCCCUGGUAAACUCAGUGAUCGCUUUCCUCAACCAUAUGCAAAUGAAGCAGCAGCUAGGUUUGCCAAUGGAGGAGCUUAUCCUCCAGAUCUAAGUCUUAUUACCAAAGCCCGCCACAAUGGUCAAAACUAUGUAUUUUCCCUUCUUACUGGUUAUCGUGAUCCCCCUGCUGGUGUUUCGAUUAGAGAGGGAUUGCACUAUAAUCCUUAUUUUCCUGGUGGAGCAAUCGCCAUGCCUAAAAUGCUGAACGAUGGUGCUGUUGAAUAUGAAGAUGGCACCCCUGCUACAGAAUCUCAGAUGGGAAAAGACGUCGUGGCAUUCUUGGCUUGGGCUGCUGAACCUGAGAUGGAAGAGAGAAAACUGAUGGGUUUCAAAUGGAUUUUUGUACUAUCCCUGGCACUACUUCAAGCUGCCUAUUUCCGUCGAUUGAGAUGGUCUGUUCUCAAGUCUCGCAAGCUGGUUGUUGAUGUCGUCAACUAACUGCCUUCAACCUUCAUUUUCACUUAUUCCCCGGUGGCUAUAUAAGAUGCCUGAAAUAUGUUCAACUCCGGCGGUUCAUGAAGCGGCUGGAAGCUUGUUCAAUUUUUGUUUAAAACAGAAAUAAUGUGCCCCCAAUAUGUGAGAUAUUAUUUGCCGUCUAAAAGAUAUCCCUUCUCGGGCCCGUGAUUUUUAAACCGUCCGAGUCACUACAUUCACUUGAUUUUUGCAAGCGGAUCGCUUUUGGGGCUAAUGUUGACGUUCAUUUUGGAUUAAA